GCAUCUAAAAAUAUGUGCUCGUAUUCAGCUAUUUCGAUAAACGAUGGCCACAAAGGCCAGUGUUUAGCAGGACAUUGAUCUCGUUCAGGAGAGUUGCUAAUUGCAUUAGGCACUUAGUCAGCUUCCCCGGUCCUCUAUUGAGUUAUUAUUGCCACUGAAAGCGACAGCAAAGUCAGCUAAAUAAGUCGCACUACGUUCUGACCCAGUUCCAUCAUUAUCAUCACUUUGUCAAAAGCAGAAUUCCAGAUCACACGCAGUAGCAUGGGUAGUAUCUUAUAGUACCUGCCUUUUGGAGAUACGAUACGCAUUUACCUUUGUCUAAAAAUAAUAAAUGAUCUCAUUGUUGACUUGUUCUCCCUCAGGACUUUUUUGGGAAACGAUCGUGUUGUCAUCGUCAUAUUUUGGGCCACUUGUUUUGGCCGCAUGAAAAAGUAUCUUUAGACGAAGCUGGCGAAUGAUAUUAACACACGAGGAGAUUGUCAAUAAAUGUACAUGUGGAUUGUAAAUUAAAUACACCUAUAUUGGGUUGUAUAUAUCGAGUCGUGUAAACAUACGCAACGCAGCAGACAUUCUGCCGUCGUUGUCUUUACAACUGAAUCCACAACUGCAUAUAUGUGCAUACAAUUUAUCUGUAUCGUCAGCGCAUUGAGCACUCUUUUGUUUCAGCUCGAUCGAUGUUUCCCGUCAUCCGUUCUGUCCAUCAGUCCAUCUGUCAAUUGCAUUUAAAGCAAAUAUCGCCCAUAAGAAAUGGGCUAUAAUAAAGUACAUUCGUAUGUGCACGAUAAAGUUAACCAGCAUAGACCAGCAGCACUUUUUUCGGCCUUAUCGUCCCUGGAAAUGCUUAACAAUAAACUAGAUUUUGUGCAAAUUCUCCCGACCGAUCGAUCCACUCGAUGGUGUCCGUCCGCCAUGAUGGUGCAAAUAGUGGAAAGGAAUCCGAGCACUGGACGAGAAAUAUACUAUACUAUACCUCAGGCAAAUCGCAAGUUCGUGUGAUUUAUAUCAUAACAAAAGGUGGAGGGGCGCAAGAUCGAAUAUCGGAUACCCUUUCUGCAACUAAAUACUAACCAUUGUAUUAUAAGAACAAGAUAAAGCAAAGAGAACAUUUAAUAUUAACAUCUCCUAAGUUUUUAAAUAGAUGAAAUGAAAUAGUAAAUUAGCAAUUUACCUCAUAAUCUAAUUUAAAAAAAAGGUUAAUUUUUAGACAAAGAAAUGCACUUACACUCCAUCUUUCAUAACUUUCGUUUUGAUUAAGCUUAUAAAUACAUCUCAAGUUGCAAAAUGUAGAAAUUAGCUAAGACCAUGACCGAUCAUAAUUUAAAAAUGCAAAAUAAACGCAUAAAAUAUAUUAUUUCGAACUUUAGAGCUAAUAUUAUAGUUAAGAGAUAGAUGUAAUCUAAGAUACUUUUCUAGACACCCUGUUCUAUUGAAAUUUGGAGUACUUUAUGCGAAAUGGAACGUGCAUAGAGAUAAUUUCCUAUCUACAUUUUCGCCUUAUUUGAAAUGACGGGGCUAAAUAAGUCUUUUUUGACAGGGUAUAGUCCAGUCUCAUCAUAGCCAAACUACUCGUCAGCUUGAAGUCUUGGAGUUUGGCUAUCCAUAAACAAAAUACGGCCAAUGCGGCGUUUGUUGAGGUCAAUGAUUUCUGUUGCGUUGUCUUUUUCACGCUUUUUUGACGCUUUUUGUUCAUAUGUUCGUAUGUACGUAUGUAUUGAAUAUUAAUUUUAAAACUUUUUCGGCUUGUGUAAACAUAUUCAGCGAAAUACUUAAGUGGAACCAUCGACCGCUGUAAUGUCGAUUCUGCAAGCAAAUGAUGACAUAAUGGAAGAUAGUUGAAACUUCAAGAACAGGAAUGCUGUGAUUCACGGGGACCAGAAUAUUUUGUAAUACAAUGAACCGCAUCUGGAGCUAUCUCGAAGGUCUUUUCGAUAAAAUGAUAUUCAAUUAUACUAAAAAGAAAUG